AUGCCUGAUUUUUCUUAUUCAAUAACUCCUUCAAAUCCUCUUAAAUUCUACGUUCCAAGUUCUACGACAAUUGUAUUCACUAAAGCAAUAAAUGUUUCAGGUAAAGUUCAAACAUCAGGAACAUCUCUUGAUAUUUUAGGAACUACGAAAAUUAAUGCAAUUGAGUUUACAACUAAAGGAACACUUGUAAUUUCAACUAACUCUAAAAUAGGAUAUUGCGAUCUGAUUGCAUUUAACUUUUCAACAAAAGAUUGUAAACGCACUGUUAUUUCAACAGGAGCAUAUACUUAUGGAUUUAAUAUAAGUAAAACAAAUAAGACAUAUUGCAUGCUAUAUAUAUCCGAUUCAUCUGUUAUCAAGGCUAAUUUAAAUAUCGAACAUUCCUCAAUUUCACCAGAUGGAAAAUCGCUAACACUUAGUAGUCCUUCUAUCACAAGUUUUCAUUCAAAAUCCAAGAAUAAAAAGAUGAUCAUAUUUACCAUAGGUAAGUCAUAUUAUGGGUCUGAUUUACUUAUUGAUGGAAACAAAUCAUAUUAUAGCUUUUAUAACAUUUCAGAUUCAACCUCUUCUAAAAUAAAUAUUAAUUCACCAGCUGGCUUCAUUUGUGAUCCAAAUAUUAAUGUCACUGAUGGCGAUGGUAAAUCUAAUGUAUCAGUUGUUUGGAUUAUUAUUGUUGCUCUUAUUAUCUUAGGCGGCGAUAUUUGCAUAAUUCUUAUAUGCAUGCUGUUUUUACGUAAAAAACGAUCAAACUAUAAAAGCAUGGAGUUACAGUCAUCAUUAUUAAAUACGAAUCAAUAUCCUAACCGACAUCAAACUGGUCCAGAAGGAAUUUAUAUACCGCCUACUCAACCAUAA